AGAAUGAGAGGGCUUGGACAUUAGCCUAAAAAUUCCCGUGGUUUUCUCCCUUUCGGGUUUCCACGUAAAAACUGAGUGUUCAUACAUAUAUUUACUAUAUCGUGUUGGAUUAAACUCAACACUGGCGCCGUCUGUGGGAAUCUGUCCAAAAAGAUUCGUGUGUUCUACUGUUCUUGAGUUCUACAAAAAAUUCAUACGAGUGGACUGAUUCCAACAAAGAAAAAGCAUUCUGGAAAGCAAAAUAGGAGGAAGAAGAUUCUGGGAACGAGGAAGAAAAUUUCUGAGAAAAUGAUUCUGGAAAAUUGCAGAUCGGGGAUGGAACUGCCGGAACCGCCGUCAUCAUUCCCGCCGCCAUGAAACCUUGGGCGAGUGUACGCGCGCUGGAUGGAGCUCGCGGCAGCGCUCCAUUUGUUGAUCCCGGCUUCUGGUGAAACGCCGCCUGCAACGGAGUCGCUCGUGGCCAGCAUCUGGUUUCACCGACCACCGCCUGAGUCGUCACACCACCUGGUCAGCCGCGGCUCGAACCUCCACCGGACAUCCUGUUCUGCCGACGCGAGGACCCGCCAACUGGGAGUUCUUUGAUCUCUGCCAUUAAUGGGGAUUUGGAGCUCGGGGAGGGUACUCUCAAAGCUCGAGUAGCAGACCUCCCACCGAACCAGACCAUGUGGUCAUCCUUGCUCUGCUGCAAGCGUCUGUACCGCCGUCAUUUGUCCUUGGGUUGGGAGCCGGAGUUUCAGCCAGCUUUCCUAAGGUGCGGGGUGUUGCAGAAUCGCUCAAGAGCCUUGGUCCUCAUAAGGCCACGUGAGUAGGAUGAAUGGUGGCGGAUGGAUAAGUUUGGGAGCAUCUUGACUAAGUCAACUAAUUCCAGAAAUUCCAACUGGCCGAACAUCUAUUCUUAGAGCUAAGUGCUCUUACUCCUGCUCUUUAAUUAAAAUGCUCCAUAAUACGAUCAUAGAUGCUUUUGUUGACCAUCACCAUUAUUUAACAGGGGUUAAAUACCCCGAAAUUAAAUAAUGUCGAGCAAAGCUCAGAUGAGUAAAGCUCUAGUGAUAAUUAAUUCCACCGUCAUUUAAAUUUAAUGACUGGUUGUUGGUGGGCCCGAUUAGCCCACUCCCGAUCGGCUUUAAUUAGCGAACGGGGCAUAUCUGAAUGACUUAUGGUAGGAUAAUACUAUUAUUACUACCCGUGCAUCACUAUUAUUUAUUAGGGAUAAAAAUGUCCCGAAAUUAAAUGAUGCAGAGCGAAGCUCUAGUAAUAAUUAGUUCAGCCAACUUUUUUAUUAAAAAUUUAAUUGUUGGGGGGUUCGAUUAGCCCACUCUUGAUCGGCUUUGAUUAGCGAUCUGAGCGUCUCCAGAGGGUAGUGUCCCAAUGACGCGUUUUAAUUUGGGGGUUACGCAAUAGUCCGCACGGCACCGAGUGCUCGAGAGACGAUAGUACCCUAGUACCACCUGCGCCACUAGGCGAAGUGACUGUGCCAAACGCGGCCUGUGGGGCCCGAGGGCACCGAAGCGCUCAAACUCGUUGUUUUUGAGGGCAAUGCGACCAACUUGGGUCUGAGUUUUCAACUCACAGACCAGUGAUUAUCCCUAUGUGACGUUCGGCGGGCUGCUAAUUGGCCCCGCCGCGAGCUCCUACGUCCAUUAACCCCGCACGAUGAGCCGGGCCGAGGGUCACGAUGACCCAUAGGCCGGUAAUCGUGGGUGUUAGAGAGAAGGCCAUGCAGAUGGUUAUGUGUGCAUAUUUAUUGUCGGGCCGUGCGGCCCGUUAUCAUGCUUAUUGCGCAGCUGAAGCCACUCGACGCGCUUGAGCGAAAUGAUUAGAAGACGCUCGGCCCGAGUCUUGAAGACGUGCAGGGCCGGCUAAAGAGGAGACCAUCACGGCUGAGGACCGUGAGACGAGCAUCUCCACCUAGAGGCCGAGGGCCUAGAGGAGACCACCACGGUUGAGAACCGUGGGACGAGCAUCUUCACCCCAGAGACCGAUGGCCUAGGAGAGAACACCUAGAGGCCGAGGGUCUAGAGUGGACUACCACGGCGGAGGACCGUGAGACGAUCAUCCAUCAUUCUGAGGCCGAGGGCCUAGAGGAGACCAUCACGGCCGAGGGCCGUGAGACCAUCCUGAUUUUCAGGUCGGCCUCUCAUUGCCGACAUCAUCAUACCACGACCGGCCUCUCGGCUCGGCGUGCCUAUCUUUUGAAGACCGGCCUCGUCCCCACAUUGCGCGGGUGAGGACCGUUGCUGGAUUUCAGGUCGGCCUGUCAUUGCCGAUGUCAUUAUAUAUCACGACCGGCCUCUCGGCCCGGCGUGAUUAUGAUAUUUGAAGACCGGCCUCGUCCCCGCGCUGCGCGGAUGAGGACCGUUGCUUGAUUUUAGGUCGGCCUCUCAUUGCCGACAUCAUUAUAUCACGACCGGCCUCUCGGCACGGCGUGUUUAUCUUUUGAAGACCGGCCUCGUCCCCGCGCUGCGCGGAUGAGGACCGUUGCUUGAUUUUAGGUCGGCCUCUCAUUGCCGACAUCAUUAUAUCACGACCGGCCUCUCGGCACGACGUGAUUAUCUUAUUUGAAGACCGGCCUCGUCCCCCGCGAUGCGCGGAUGAGGACCGUUGCUUGAUUUCAGAUCGGUCUCCCGUCGCCGACAUCAUCAUACCACGACCGGCCUCUCGGCACGGCGUGUUUAUCUUUUGAAGACCGGACUCAUCCCCGCUCCUAGCGGAUGAGGGCCGUUGCUUGGUUCUUGCAGGUCGGCCCCUCAUUGCCGACACUGUCACAUCAUGUUCGGCCGCUCAUUGCCGACACCAUUAUACCACGACCGGCCUCUCGGCUCGGCGUGCUUAUCUUUUGAAGACCGGCCUCGUCCCCGCCACCUCGCGGACGAGGACCGUUGUUUGAUUCUUUCAGGUCGGCCUCUCACUGCCGACACUAUCAUGUUAUGUUCGCCUCUCGGCACGACAUAUUUAUCUUUUGAAGACCGGUUUCAUCCCCGCGCUGCGUUGGAUGAGGGCCGUUGCUCGGAUAUAUCGGCCUGCCGGACACUAUUGCCAUCUCCUUAUCAGGACCGACCGCUCAGCGACAUUAUGAUCAUUGUAUAUCGGCUCCCAAUGCCGACCUUCUUGAGUUAGCGAUCGGGCUCACCCCUCCCUUUAGGAGGGUGACCAUCGCCUUCGCAUGACAUUAUGUGUGACAUCACUUGUGGUUAUUCUUGGAACCGACGAACGUAUUUUCCUCCCUCAAAAAAAAAAAAAAAGGAAGAAAAAAAAAUAGAAGAAAAGAAAAGAAAAAAAAAAAAAAAAAAGAUGGGGAGAAGGGGAGACGAGAUCCUAUGAGAGAGGGAGUCUUGACGAGGUAUGCCUGAUCUUCCUUCGCCGCGUAUGACGAACGUCUCCCGACGCGGAGGCUAGUAGGACGUGGGGGGGGCUAGACGUACCAAAGGGAACCUCGGCAAGAUAAACCAGUUCCUCCCAUGACCCGUGGUUCGAUGAACACCUUCUGCUACAGCAGAAGGCUAGUAGGGCCACGAGCAUGGGACGACGAAGCAGGGAAUCCCGACGUGGAUAAACCAGUGACCUCCUUGCGAUCGUUGGAUGACCGAACGUCUUCUUCGAAGCAAGAAGAUUAGUAGGACCACGACAGGGACGAACGAAGAAUAGGGAAUCCCGACGUGGAUAAACCUGUUCCUCCUUGCGAUCGUGGGAUGACCAAACGUCUUCUUCGAAGUAAGAAGAUUAGUAGGACCACGACAAGGACGAACGAAGAAUAGGGAAUCCCGACGUGGAUAAACCUGUUUCUUCUCAUAGUUGGUAUGACGAACGUCUCCUGCGAAACCAGGAGACCAGUACUCACGAGACUUGGGAAGAACGAAGAACCAGUUCUUUACCGGAGUCUGUUGCGUGCCGAGUGUACACCGCUUAGCGGUCCAUACAUAGGACCACGGAUACGGUAGACGAACGAAGACCAGCUCCAUGGAUCCGACAUGAAGAACCAGUUCUUUACCGGAGUCUGUUGCGUGCCGAGUGUAAACCGCUUAGCGGUCAAUACAUAGGACCACGGAUACGGUAGACGAACGAAGACCAGCUCCAUGGAUUCGACAUGAAGAACCAGUUCUUUAUCGGAGUCUGUUGCGUGCCGAGUGUACACCGCAUAGCGGUCCGUACAUAGGACCACGGAUACGGUAGACGAACGACGAUCAGCUCCCCAGAUCAGGUAGGAGGGACAUCGCCCAGAUUUAUUUCAGGCUCACCAUUCUUUCCCGGAUGAAGUCCUGGCAGACGAUCGGUUCCUCACAGCCAAUCAGGAGAGAGACUUGACACAUCACUAGCACGGCCGAGGGCCGCGAGAGGCCGAGGGCCAUGAGAUGAUCAUCACUAUUUUUAUGCAUCACGAUCGGCCCCUCAGCGCCAUCGUGUCCUGAUUCACGGUUCGGAUCGCCCAUUCCCUCCAGGAUGGCGACGACCGUCUUAUGCAGUACGAUCGGCCCCUCAGCGCCAUCGUACCCAGCUCACGUUCGGAUCGUCCAUCCCUUCCAGGGUGGCGACGAGCGUCUUAUGCAUCACGAUCGGCCCCUCAGCGCCAUCGUGUCCAGAUUCACGGUUCGGAUCGCCCAUUCCCUCCAGGAUGGCGACGACCGUCUUAUGCAGUACGAUCGGCCCCUCAGCGCCAUCGUACCCAGCUCACGUUCGGAUCGUCCAUCCCUUCCAGGGUGGCGACGAGCGUUUUAUGCAUCACGAUCGGCCCCUCAGCGCCAUCGUGUCCUGAUUCACGGUUCGGAUCGCCCAUUUCCCUCCAGGAUGGCGACGACCGUCUUAUGCAGUACGAUCGGCCCCCUCAGCGCCAUCGUACCCAGCUCACGUUCGGCUCGUCCAUCCCUUCCAGGGUGGCGACGAACGUCUUAUGCAUCACGAUCGGCCCCUCAGCGCCAUCGUGUCCGGAUUCACGGUUCAGAUCACCCAUUCCCUCCAGGAUGGCGACGAACGUCUUAUGCAUCACGAUCGGCCACUCAGCGCCAUCGUGUCCAGUUCACGGUUCGGCUCGCCCAUUCCCUCCAGGAUGGCGACGACCGUCUUGUGCAGUAUGAUCGGCCCCUCAGCGCCAUCAUACCCAGCUCACGUUCAGCUCGUCCAUCCCUUCCAGGGUGGCGACGAACGCCUUAUGCAUCACGAUCGGCCACUCAGCGCCAUCGUGUCCAGUUCACGGUUCGGCUCGCCCAUUCCCUCCAGGAUGGCGACGACCGUCUUGUGCAGUAUGAUCGUGUCCAGUUCACGGUUCGGCUCGCCCAUUCCCUCCAGGAUGGCGACGACCGUCUUGUGCAGUAUGAUCGUGUCCAGUUCACGGUUCGGCUCGCCCAUUCCCUCCAGGAUGGCGACGACCGUCUUGUGCAGUAUGAUCGGCCCCUCAGCGCCAUCAUACCCAGCUCACGUUCAGCUCGUCCAUCCCUUCCAGGGUGGCGACGAACGCCUUAUGCAUCACGAUCGGCCCCUCAGCGCCAUCGUACCUGGCUUCACGGUUCGGCUCGUCCAUCCCUUCCAGGGUGGCGACGAACGUCUUAUGCAUCACGAUCGGCCCCUCAGCGCCAUCGUGUCCGGAUUCACGGUUCGGAUCACCCAUCCCUUCCAGGGUGGCGACGAACGCCUUAUGCAUCACGAUCGGCCACUCAGCGCCAUCGUGUCCAGUUCACGGUUCGGCUCGCCCAUUCCCUCCAGGAUGGCGACGACCGUCUUGUGCAGUAUGAUCGGCCCCUCAGCGCCAUCAUACCCAGCUCACGUUCAGCUCGUCCAUCCCUUCCAGGGUGGCGACGAACGCCUUAUGCAUCACGAUCGGCCCCUCAGCGCCAUCGUACCUGGCUUCACGGUUCGGCUCGCACAUUCCCUUCAGGAUGGCGACGACCGUCUUAUGCAGCACGAUCGGCCCCUCAGCGCCAUCGUGUCUCUUUCACGUCCGGAUCGCGCAUCCCUUCCAGGAUGGCGACGAACGUCUUAUGCAGUGCGAUCGGCCCCUCAGCGCCAUCGUACCUGGCUUCACGGUUCGGCUCGCACAUUCCCUUCAGGAUGGCGACGACCGUCUUAUGCAGCACGAUCGGCCCCUCAGCGCCAUCGUGUCUCUUUCACGUCCGGAUCGCGCAUCCCUUCCAGGAUGGCGACGAACGUCUUAUGCAGUGCGAUCGGCCCCUCAGCGCCAUCGUACCUGGCUUCACGGUUCGGCUCGCACAUUCCCUUCAGGAUGGCGACGGCCGUCUUAUGCAGCACGAUCGGCCCCUCAGCGCCAUCGUGUCUCUUUCACGUUCGGAUCACGCAUCCCCUCCAGGAUGGCGAUCGACCGUCUUAUGCAGCAUGAUUGGCCCCUCGGUGGCAUCAUGUCUAGUCCACCUUCGGCUCCGCCCAUGCCAUCUCGGAUGGGGGACCCGUCUUAUGCAGCACGUCUGCUUCUCGGCGCUGACAUGCCCGUGUUAUCGAUGAGAGCUACUGCUUCUAUCACAUCUUGCAUUCCCUCUCUCGUACAUUACAUACAUACAUUACAUGCAUACAUACAUUCAUGCAUCAUACCUCAUACAUUCAUACAUACACACGUGCAUCAUGUUUUGAUAGUACCGCGACGUCGGGUUAUAGAUGAUGGACCUCUAAGCUUCUCCGAUUGGAAAGCUCGAGUCAGAGUCCUUUACUCCCGCCUGAUGCAUUCAGGGGGAGUGUGCCCGUGGAGGAGCACCCUUCGCCCGACCCUGUCGGGAAGGGGGGUGCCUCACUGGUAGAUUACGUUCAGGAGUGCAGACACUCACUCAUAUAUGAUGAUUAUGUGAAGACACAGUUUCCAGCAAGACAGAGGAAGAGCGCAGGCAGAGUAUAUUUUCUCGAGCAGAUUCGCGAGCUCACUACUCAAGAAACUGGGGGACUUGUGUUGGGAUAUAUUAUCCCGGCCUAUUACUGUUCAGGGGCCCAAGACAUUAUCCAGUACGGAGCCCGAGCAGCUAGGCCCAUUUCGGCCCAUUAGGCCCGAUAUUGGCCCGUUUGGCCCAUUAGGGUGGAGAGCACCCUUUCCCUUUGUCUAUAAAUAGGGAGCUUAGCCUCCAUAUUAUGGAUCCUUUUCUUUUCUUCUUCCUUUAGCUCUCUAGAUUAGAUAAUACUCCAUUAAUUGGAGCUCAAAUUGUAUUAUGUAAUGGUGAGGAGAGCCUAAUGAGAAUGAGAGGGCUUGGACAUUAGCCUAAAAAGUCCCGUGGUUUUCUC